UAGAGAGAUUUCCAAAAUCUGGUGCUUUGAAAAAGCCAUAUAUGCAGGCACCCUUGACGUAGAUUAAAUUUCUAUCUGAUCAAACAAGUUGGAGGAGCCAAUUUACAGAAGAAAAAUGGACUCUACAUCUCUCUCUUUCAUUGUGAAGAAACUUAUUAUGCUGAUUGUGGUUGUUACAUUUCUGGCUUCAAUUGUGUUCGUCGUUGAUGGAGAAGCCAAGACUAUCUGCCAAGCGAAAUGCGAAGAUGUGGCAGAUUGUGAUGGAUUUUGCAAGAGGAUAGGCUUCGAUUCUGGGAAAUGUUUUCCACCACUUUACCAAUACUGUUGCUGCCAAGGGUGCGUGAUAUGGGCUUUCAUUGAUAGCUAGCUAGAUAUGUAUGCGAAAAACUUACAUAUAGAAUGUGCAUGGCCUCGCUAUAAUUUCAAUGAGAGCAAGGAUGGAACCAGGAGCUCUAGUGGCGGCAGCCGUUACGACAAGAAUUUUAGAGAAUGUGCGCAAUUAUUAUAUGUAAGAAAAAUAAAUUAUCUCCAACUUAUAUGGACCCAAAACCGCUAGAUUUUUUCCAUGA